ACUGCAGUCCUACCUACAUCUCACCAUGCUGGAUUUUAAUAACACGUCUAAUUGGCCCACUUUUUUCUUCAUUGGUAUUCCUGGUCUGGAGGCUGCACAUAUGUGGAUCUCCAUUCCUUUCUGUUUCCUGUACCUGGUGGCUCUUGUGGGUAAUGUCCUUCUCCUGGUUAUAGUUAGAACAGAACAGAAUCUUCAUGAACCACAGUUCUAUCUUUUAGCCAUGCUAGCCCUCACGGACCUGGGCCUUUCCUUGACAACAAUGCCAAGUGUCUUGGCUAUCUUCUGGUUUGAUGUCCACCACAUUGAUCUGGAUGCCUGCCUGACUCAAAUGUUCUUCAUCCACACCCUCUCCUCUGUAGAAUCUGGUGUCCUGGUGGCCAUGGCUUUUGACCGCUUGGUGGCUAUCUGUGCCCCGCUGAAUUACACCAGGAUCUUGACGCACUACACUGUUGCCUGCCUUAGUGGAGCUGCCCUCAUACGGGGUGCCACUCUGCUGGCCCCUCUGCCUUUUUUCCUGAGGACCUUUUCUUUCUGUGGGGCCAAUAUCCUCUCACACUCUUAUUGCUACUAUCCAGAUAUGCUGAAACUGGCCUGCGGGGAUGUUACUUUCAGCAGUGUCUAUGGGUUGGUCUGUGUGCUCUGCACCUUUGCAGUGGAUGUUAUCUUCAUCCUUGUUUCAUACAUGAAAAUCUUGAGCACUGUUAUGAAACUGGGAAUCCAAGACAGAAACUGGAAAUCACUGCAAACCUGUGCCUGCCACCUGUGCACAGUGCUUGUGUUCUAUUUGCCUCUCAUCAGCCUUGCAGUACUGCAUCGUUACACCCAGGAAACAUCCCCAAUUCUGUACACCACCAUGAGCAAUGCCUACCUCCUCAUGACACCACUGCUAAACCCUGUCGUCUACAGUCUCAAAUCCCGGCAGAUCCAAGCUGCCCUGCGCAAGCGAUUUUGGGCACAACGUGUUGUUGCUGGGGAGUGAGAUUUUCUCAUUGUAUCAGAAGGUGCAAU